CUAGAAGUGACGCAUGCGCUCAGCUGCCAGAGGGGCUAUCAGUGCUGCUGCUGCGGGUUGUGCAUCAUAUGGGCAGUGGGUCGAACCUCUCGCUAACGCUGCAGCCCGGCCCCGCCUCACGGUUACCCUGCUCGGCAAAGCCCCGCUGUGGGGAUGGCAACGGAGAUCCACCCCAAGCCCCUGACUCGCAAGCCCGUCUUGCUGAGUAAGGUGGAGGGCUCGCAGGACGUGGUGAACAUGGCAGUGAUCGUGCCCAAGGAGGACGGGCUCAUUAGUGUCUCCGAGGACAGAACAGUGCGAGUUUGGAUGAAGAGGGACAAUGGGCAGUUCUGGCCGAGUAUUUACCAUGCGAUGCCAGCUCCAUGUUGUUGCAUGUGUUUUAACCCUGAAACCAGACGACUGACUGUGGGGUUAGACAAUGGUACAAUCUCAGAAUUAAUUUUGUCAGAAGAUUAUAACAAAAUGAACCCAGGAAAAACCCACCUUGCUCACCAGAGCAGAGUAACAAUGGUUCUGUUUGUGCUGGAGAUGGAAUGGCUACUGAGCACCGGUCAAGACAAACUCUUCACGUGGCACUGCUCCGAGUCCGGGGAGCGUCUGGGGAACUAUCGCACCGCGGCCUGUGCCUCCUGCCUACAAUUUGAUGUGGAGACAAAGCAUGCGUUUGUUGGGGACCAAUCUGGACAGGUUACCAUCCUUAAACUUGAACAAGAUAACUGUAGCCUUAUCACAACCUUCAAGGGACACACAGCCGGAGUUACAGCGCUGUGCUGGGAUCCUGUACAGAGGCUGCUGUUUUCUGGGAGUUCCGACCAUUCCAUCAUCAUAUGGGACAUUGGGGGGCGCAAAGGAACUGCACUAGAACUUCAGGGCCACAAUGAUAAAGUCCAGUCCAUCAGUUACGCACAUCACACAAGGCAACUCAUUUCAUGCAGCGCAGAUGGUGGGAUUGUAGUCUGGAAUAUGGAUGUGGAACGGCAGGAGACACCAGAGUGGUUGGACAGCGAUUCCUGUCAAAAAUGUGACCAACCGUUUUUCUGGAACUUCAAGCAGAUGUGGGACCAUAAAAAGAUUGGCCUCAGACAGCAUCAUUGCAGGAAAUGUGGGAAAGCAGUCUGUGGCAAAUGCAGUUCCAAAAGGUCCACCAUUCCGCUCAUGGGCUUUGAGUUUGAAGUGCGAGUCUGCGACAGCUGCCAUGAGAGCAUCACUGAUGAACAGCGUGCACCGACAGCAACCUUCCAUGACAGCAAGCACAACAUCAUCCACGUACACUUUGAUGCAACUAGAGUAUGGUUAUUAACCUCAGGAAGUGACAAAGUUAUUAAGCUGUGGGAUAUGACACCAGUGGUAUCCUGACAAAACGCAUCCUUCAGUGUUGGAAACAAGAUCCAGAGAAGGGAAUAUCUUCCAGCUCUAAAGGAGUAGAGCGAGAGCACCUAGGACCUUUAGCCUUUCAGUAUGAAUCCUUUGCAGAGGAGAAGUCAUUUGGUUGCCGUGUUUUAACUUCUACAUUGGACACAGUUUGAAAACCUCUGUGAGCUUUAGGUUUUAACAAGAGUGAACCUGCAGCUUGCGCCAUGCUGCGGAAUUUUCCAUCCUUUUGGGUGAAAUGAGUUGCCUGCUGUUUAGAGUACAAAAGCAAUUUGUUUGCAAUGCCUAACAGUUCUUUUAGAGAUAUGGUUUCACUUGAUGCUCUCCCUGAUUUCUCAAGUUUUGGAUUUUGUCUUCAUCCUUUUUUUGUGUGUUGGCUCUGAGGGAAAAAGCAGCGUUCCUUUGGCAGAACAGAAUAUGUUGAAGCGUAACCCAAGGCAAAGAUGCCCACAACUCUGCCCUACCUACUCCAAGCCUGACAAGCUGCUUCUGGUUUUACUGAAUAUUGGAAUUCCACAGCUUGGGUUCCUCAUCAUCAUUGUUUUCAAUUCGACAAAGGGAGCUUGACGAACGUUGUUUAUUUUCAAAGACUGGUCACUAAAUAUUGGGGCUAACCAAUAGCGACCAUUGCUUUGCACAUCGAUAUUUUGGUUUCCUCUUACAGCAGGGAUGUUCAAUCUCCAGCUCUUGUUGGAAAACAUCUCCCAAACGUCUUGCACAGUGCAGCUUCUAAGUGAUUUGGAGACAAGUUGCAAAUUCAUAUGCUCGAAACAAACUCUGAUGUGGAUUGGUCAGGGGUUUAACAACAGGGGCUAGUUGAGCUUUAAAGUUAUGCAAUUUUGAUAUGCUUGUGAUAGAGCUCUGGUCAUGUCCAAGGCUUUCUAUGUAGCUGGUCCCAUGUCUUACAUUAGCUCAAGUUAUUCUCUUAGAUCCACUUGUACAAAGAAGUCUAUAUGAAUCCAUUGUGCAGUCUGUGGCCGUAAACACUUCUGAAGGAUGCAAAGAAAAUGCCAUUGUAAAUGUUCUACAGAAAUCUCAGAUUAACGCGCUGCUUAAGUCUCAAGACAGUAUCUUUCUUCAUCUUUCCAUCUCACAGUUAUAGGAAUGUACACAAUACGCUGAUAUAUAUAUUUCCCUGUAUAAAUCAAUAGGUUAUUGGCUGGGAUUCCAGUAACUGAAGGCCGCAGUGUUAUUUACUGUGCAGACCAGGUACAGACAUUAGACAGCUGCUCUUAUUCAUUUUAUUUUAAUCUCAGGUAUUUGAUUUAGUCUCAUUAGAUGAAUUGACCGUAUACAACAGACAUGGUCCAGACUUCAUAUCUCUGCCGCAUCUCAGUUACCGAGGCUUUUUAUGGCUCGCUGAACCAUCCCAAUUGGUGUUCCAGACACACUGUAGAAGCUCUUUAUGGGUUUAUGACAAAGCGCAUCUAUUAUUCAUUUCCAUUCGUCCCUCCUGGCAGCCGCACCACGUCUGUGGGUUUCUUCACAUUCCAAGUGGCGUUUUUGUUUUGUAAGUAAUGCACUAAAAAUCAAUUUGCCAUUAUAUUAUAGUAACCAUUAUCUUCUAGAGGAGUAAAAAGGGAAUCUUAAUUAUCUGCUUAAACAUGAGCGCUGGUUCCUUGAGCUUUAUUUACUAUGAGAAUUCUGGUGGCUGCUCGUUAUUAACAUGGCACUCGAGUGAAUUCAAUGAGAAUCAUGUAGUAUUUGCACCCAGGGCUGGCAGCUAAUUCUUAAGCUUUUUCAGAAAUACAACAAAAAAACGUAAUUUCCCUUUGUAUGGCUUGGCUUUUUAUUGUGUUUUUUUUUCAGAUCUGUAGCACAUGGGGUGUAAGUCAAACAUUUGGCCUGAUUUUUUUUUUUUUUUAGCCCAACAAAUAUCUCCUGCUGUUUCUCAUAGACUUAAAAAUGAAAUGACUGAGCACCUGCACUGGCUUGUUUCAGCAUGAGACAGGUACUAGAGAACUUACAGACGGACAUGUGCCUGAUGUGUCCCAUUGCUUUUGAAUUCAUACAUUGACCUAGACCCCACCAAGCUAGGACUUUUUUUUUUACUUUUUGCGCAGCCAUAUAGAGCCCACUUCCCACCUUAAUUGGCGGAGCUUAAAGUCCCCCCCCACCUGUGCUUCCCCACAGUGGCGUAACUAUAGAGUAAGCAGACCCCACGGUUAUGGGGGGGCCUGUGGAUGAAGGGGGCCUGGCCCCUCAUGAUCAGCUUCCUUUAUAGUGUUACAAUCCCUCCUUGCAAGCAGGAGAUAUUUUGUGCACCAGAACCCUCCAAAAAUUUAUUUGGUGGAGACCCCGACGUGCUCUUCUUCGUCCGUCACUGCUUCCUCGUACCUGGUCUCUGGAGGCAGAGUUGCACAGUGGAAGUGGUGCAGCUGUCUUUGGCCAAAUCGCAUCCAACUUUAGGCCCCCUGGUACAGAUUGAUUUCCAGUUAGUAUGUCAGGCAGUGGCGCUCCUGGUAACUUUAAGAGCUGCCUUUUCAGAUUUUAAACUGGAAAUUCAGCUCAUCUAAUGCAAGAGGGUGCAAUUGUGCUCUCUGCACUAGCAAUGCGGCCCCAAAGGAGCUGCCUCAGGGUGACUUAGGGGCCUGAAUCACCCCUGAUGCCAGGGAGCAAUAAACUCCAGAGAUAUCAACCACCAACCCUGCUGCGUAACUUUUCAUAUAGAUAAAAGGUAAAAUGGCACCAGAGCAGUUGGGUAGAAGCAGGAGGCCCAGUGCAGCUGUCCAGUCAUGAUUUUUAUGGUGUAGUUUUAUUUCUAAAUGACACUGUUUACACUGCAAAUAAUUCACUCUACAAUAUAAAAUUUCAUUCC